GGGGCAGAGCAGUGCCUGGUUCCGGUCAUGCUAAUUCUCUGUGUUGUGGCAGCUCCCAGAAGGGGGCGUCGCUGUGCCAUGAGCUGCAGCUGCUGGAAAUGCCGCCCCGCAGGCCAGGGGGGCGCAGAGCCCAGUGGAGGCCGGGGGUGCCAGGCUGCAGAGCUUGCCGGGGCGGGGGCAGGUGUCAGGAAGGAAGCGAAGGGAAGGAGAAUUGCCCGGGAAUCCCUGCCAGGUCCCCUGCCUCGCUUUCCCCAGGCCUGCUGGAGUGCGGGCAGGGUAGCAGCUCACGCUGGAUCCGCUUCGGAUGGUGACGUGCCCUCAGGCUGGCGUCUGUCCUGUGUGGGCGCCGGUUUCCCUCUUGGAGUAACAGGCCUCUGUUGGAGAAGGAUCCCAUCAGUGAUUUCCUCCUGGAGCGCCCCCGGGCCAGGGCCACACCGCAGCCCUCGUGGAAGGAGCCACUCCCUGCUACACAGCGCUGUCUCCUGCGGCUCCACUCCGCCGCCUCGAAUUGUAUCGUCCCCUCGCUGACUGAGCACCGCCCUAGGAGUUAAAAACAGAACUGCAACGAUCCCUCUGCCUGCCUUGCCCGUCAGAGAGAGAUGGCUUCAUGACUGGUGGAAUGGUGCUGGGCAGAUCCGUCCCUUCUCUGCACUGCACGUCCUGAACUCCAGCCGAGCUGGAAGUCUUUGUUCAGGUGAUGCUGCCCCGCCAUCGCCUUCUGAGCCCGAGUGAGAAAGAGAAAGGUUAACGGGGCCAGGCACCAGCUACUCGGCCUGCGCCAUGAGCCGCUCCCAGGUUUCCUCCGGGAUUCACCACAUCGUCUCCUCUGCCUUCGAGAGCCCGGAGGCGGAGGCCCUGGGCCCCAGCUCGCCCACGGCUGUGGAGGAGGAGGAGACUGACCUGAACAAGACGCUGGGCGUGGAGCGCUUCGAGGAGAUCCUGCACGACUCGCACCCGCGCAACGGGGAGGAGGCCGGCCGGAGCUACAGCGAGGAGGACUUUGAGUAUCACCGCCAGUCGUCCCACCACAUUCACCACCCCCUCUCCACGCACCUGCCCCCUGAUGCCCGCAGGAAGAAGGGGGGGCAGAAGGGCAAGAAGAAGCGGCGCCGGGCGUCCGUUCCAGGGGAGACUCCCACCAUCGAGGAGGCGGAGGAGGAUGAGGAUGACACCUGUGACACGGAGCCAGAGCGGUCGGCCGAGGACCUGCCCGGGGGGAUCCAGUUCUUCUUGCAGGAGGAUGAGGCUGCCGAGCGCCGCCCAGAGGAGCCCACGACCCCAACGUCUCUGCCGAGCUCCCCCAUGGAGCUGUUGGGGGCUGCAGUUACGGACCCCAAGGGGGCUGGCCCCAGGGCCGAGGAGGACCGUGGGCCCGAUGGGCCCAGUGCAGACGAGCCCAGCUGCCCAGGCCGCCCCGUUGCCAAGUCCCAGCUGGGGCACCGGAGCUACAACCUGAACGAGAGGCGGCGCAUUGGCAGCAUGACGGGAGUGGAGCAGGCCCAGUACCAGAAGGUGCCCACGGAUGAAUCGGAGGCCCAGACCCUGGCCUCGGCCGACCUGGACUACAUGAAGAGCCACAGGUUCGAGGACGUGCCUGGGGUCCGACGGCACCUGGUCCGCAAGAGCGCCAAGGGCCAAGUCGUGCACGUCAGCAAAGACCACGCGGAGCCGAGCGCCCGGCACAGGAAACACGACCGGCAGCCACACGAGGUCUUUGUGGAGCUGAACGAGCUGGUGGUGGACAAGAACCAGGAGCUGCAGUGGAAGGAGACAGCACGCUGGAUCAAGUUCGAGGAAGAUGUGGAGGAGGAGACCGAUCGCUGGGGGAAGCCCCAUGUGGCCUCCUUGAGCUUCCGCAGCCUGCUGGAGCUGCGCAAGACCCUCUCCCAUGGGGCCGUGCUCCUGGACCUGGACCAGAAGACGUUGCCGGGGGUGGCGCACCAGGUGGUGGAGCAGAUGAUCAUCUCAGACCAGAUCCGGGCUGAGGACCGCGCCAACAUACUGCGGGCACUGCUGCUAAAGCACAGCCACCCAAGUGACGAGAAGGAUUUCUUCCCCCGCAACAUCUCAGCCGGCAGCCUGGGCUCCCUGCUGGUGCAUCACCACAGCGCCAACCACGUGGGCGAGGGCAGCGAGCCCACGGUCACCGAGCCCCUCAUCGGCGCCCACCCUGCUGAACAUGAGGCCAGGGUCGAGGUGGAGCGGGAGCGAGAGAGCCUGACCCCAGCACCCCCAGCUGGCAUCACGAGGUCGAAGUCGAAGCAUGAGCUGAAGCUGCUGGAGAAGAUCCCGGAAAACGCAGAGGCCACGGUGGUGCUUGUGGGCUGCGUGGAGUUCCUGGACCAGCCCACCAUGGCCUUCGUGCGGCUGCAGGCGGCCGUGGAGCUGGACUCAGUGCUGGAGGUGCCCAUCCCCGUCCGCUUCCUCUUCGUGCUGCUGGGGCCCAGCAGCGCCAACAUGGACUACCACGAGAUCGGGCGCUCCAUCUCCACCCUCAUGUCCGACAAGCAAUUCCACGAGGCGGCGUAUCUGGCCGACGACCGGCACGACCUGCUCAGCGCCAUCAAUGAGUUCCUGGACUGCAGCGUGGUGCUGCCUCCCUCCGAGGUGCAGGGCGAGGAGCUGCUGCGCUCCGUGGCCCACUUCCAGCGCCAGAUGCUCCAGAAGCGAGAGGAGCAGGAGCGCCGGCUGCUGCUGGGCACCAUGCUGGAGCCCAAGUCGCCUGCCGAGAAAGCGCUGCUGAAGCUGAAGGUGGUGGAGGGGGAGGCAGAGGACGAGGACGACCCCCUGCGGCGCACGGGCCGGCCCUUCGGGGGGCUCGUCCGUGACGUGAGCCGGCGCUACCCCAAGUACCUGAGCGACUUCAGGGACAGCCUGAACCCGCAGUGCGUCGCCGCCAUCAUCUUCAUCUACUUCGCCGCUCUCUCGCCGGCCAUCACCUUCGGGGGGCUGCUGGGGGAGAAGACCCAGGACCUGAUCGGGGUGUCGGAGCUGAUCAUCUCCACGGCCGUGCAGGGCAUCGUGUUCUGCCUGCUGGGCGCCCAGCCGCUGCUCGUCAUCGGCUUCUCCGGGCCCCUGCUCGUCUUCGAAGAAGCUUUUUUCACAUUCUGCACGACCAACGGGUUGGAGUACCUGGUGGGGCGCGUGUGGAUCGGCUUCUGGCUCAUCCUCAUCGUGCUGGUGAUGGUGGCUGUGGAGGGCAGCAUCCUGGUGCGCUUCGUAUCCCGCUUCACCCAGGAGAUCUUCGCCUUCCUCAUCUCCCUCAUCUUCAUCUACGAGACCUUCUCCAAGCUGGCCAAGAUCUUCCAGGAGCACCCCCUGCACGGCUGCGGGCAGGCGAACGGGACGGGCGCAGAGGCGCUGGGCGGGGGCAAUGGCAGCGCGGCCCUGGGGAACGGGACGUGGGGCCGGGCCGGGCCGGCAGUGACAGGGCAGCCCAACACAGCCCUGCUCUCGCUGGUGCUCAUGGCCGGCACCUUCUUCAUCGCCUUCUUCCUGCGCAAGUUCAAGAACAGCCGCUUCUUCCCGGGACGGAUCCGUCGGGUGAUCGGGGACUUCGGGGUGCCCAUCGCCAUCCUCAUCAUGGUGCUGGUGGAUUUCAGCGUCCGGGACACGUACACACAGAAGCUGAGCGUUCCCAGCGGCUUCUCAGUGACGGCCCCGGAGAAGCGGGGCUGGGUCAUCAACCCCCUGGGCGAGGGCAGCUCCUUUCCCGUCUGGAUGAUGGUGGCCAGCGCCCUGCCAGCCGUGCUGGUCUUCAUCCUCAUCUUCAUGGAGACCCAGAUCACCACGCUGAUCAUCAGUAAGAAAGAGCGCAUGCUGCAGAAGGGCUCUGGCUUCCACCUCGACCUGCUGCUGAUUGUGGCCAUGGGCGGCUUCUGCGCCCUCUUUGGGCUGCCCUGGCUGGCGGCCGCCACGGUGCGCUCGGUGACCCACGCCAACGCCCUGACAGUCAUGAGCAAGGCCGUGGCCCCCGGCGACAAGCCCAAGAUCCAAGAGGUGAAGGAGCAGCGCGUCACGGGGCUGCUGGUGGCCCUGCUUGUGGGCCUGUCCAUCGUCAUCGGGGACCUGCUGCGGCACAUCCCCCUGGCCGUGCUCUUUGGGAUCUUCCUCUACAUGGGCGUGACCUCGCUGAACGGCAUCCAGUUCUACGAGCGCCUGCACCUGCUGCUCAUGCCCCCCAAGCAUCACCCCGACGUCACCUACGUCAAAAAGGUGCGCACCCUGCGGAUGCAUCUCUUCACGGGCCUGCAGCUGGCGUGCCUGGCCGUGCUCUGGGCCGUCAUGUCCACGGCAGCCUCCCUGGCCUUCCCCUUCAUCCUCAUCCUCACCGUGCCGCUCCGCAUGUGGCUGCUCACCCGCGUCUUCACCGACCGCGAGCUGAAGUGUCUGGACGCGGAGGAGGCGGAGCCGAUCUUCGACGAGCGGGAAGGGGUGGACGAGUACAACGAGAUGCCGAUGCCCGUGUGAGGGGCGCCAGCCAGGGACCCUGUGCGGGGCUGCGGGCGCAGGCAGGCCCCUGCCGCUGUGCCAGGAGCCGCAGCGGCUGUGCCAGGAGCCGCAGCGGCACUGC